AUGACGGAUAAUACUUCACCACUUCUUGCUGCAACAACACAACCGGAUGAUACGGUUCCACACGUAUUUUUAAAUACUUCAAUUGGUAAUCCAUCUCAUUCAUGGGAUUCACCAACAACGCCUC